AUGCGUGCGUUGAGACGCAGAGUUAGUGGCACAGUGUCGUCAUCGCACAGCGACCAGCUGAUAGGGACUGGAGCGAUAACAACGGCGACAACAUCUCUGCGCUGUGCGUCGACUGGUGAACAUCACAGUUAUCGCCCGGGAUGUAUUGCCAAACUGCUGCGUAGCGUGUAUGUGGCCAUUACACCUCGUGGCCUUCACCGGCGGGUGGCGAUAGGCCUGCAGGCCCGCAUGGAGCGAGUGCAGGAGUUAGAGAAGGAACAGCUCUGGCUGCAGCAGCACGGCUCCCCACUGCGUGUGAUGGGCCUGCCGGAACACGCCGAGUUGACGGAAGUGCGGGCGCGCUAUCGGGAUCUCGUCAUUGAAACUCACCCCGACACCGCGCAGGGAGAUGCGAAGGCGCAGUACGACUUGGUGCAGACAGCGUACAAAAUGGCAACUUCUCCCACAAGUCUGUGGCACCAGAACGGGUCUGCGCCUAUGAUUUAUCGUCAUCUUGUUGGCUCUUCUGCUACGGCAACACGGCGAGUGACAGUCUUCGCACUUUUUUCAUACUGUGUGAUGGGAAUUAUUGGUAUUAUUUUCUCUGCUGUGGUGGUACGGCAGUCACUUGAGGUGGCACUGCGUUUAUUUGAUCCCGAGUUCUACGCUUUCAUGAUUGCACAGGAGGAGGACGAGCAGCGGCGGCGUCUCGCUGGUGAGGUAGUAGAUACAGACCCCAAGCGUCUAGCACCCACUGCGGUGAAAAGAUUGCUCUUUCCGGGUCGGUUUGUACACAGUAAUAGCAGUAACAGCAGCAGUAAUGAUACAGGUACAGAAUGA